UGGUACGGGUGUUACUUGAACUCGGAACGACUAACCAGCGAUAUAACCGGGGAGGGGGUGCGUUUCAUAUCUCAUUCUCUGGACUACAGUGCGCCCUUUAAUUUCUAAAAAGAAAAAGACGAAAGCUCCCUCGAAAAAUCUUCAUUAUCUGGACUAAUUACGCCGCCCCCCUCCUCGCCGCCGCCGAAACAGAAACAUGUCCGCUCUUCUGUUAUCCUCUGCUCUCAAUCUUUGCAGUGGCCCUCCACUCGUUUCUCUUGAUUUCCCCUCCACUCCCGCGCUGGCUCUUCCCAGAGGCAGCAGGAACCAAAAGAUUCGUAAAUUGAAGGCUGGAUUUUGGGAAUCCAUUAGAUCUGGGAUUUUAAAAAACAAUACAGCACAAGUAAUAGAACCAGCUUCCACUGCUGAGGAGGAGGUGCCCUUUCCCGAGGAAUUUGUUCUUGUUGAGAGAACAAGACCUGAUGGCACAGUCGAACAGAUUAUAUUUUCAUCUGGUGGGAAUGUUGAUGUAUAUGAUCUCCAAGCUUUAUGUGAUAAGGUUGGUUGGCCUCGGAGGCCACUGUCAAAGCUAGCAGCAGCUCUGAGAAAUAGCUACUUAGUUGCAACUUUGCACUCCAUAAGCAAGUCUGCGGGGGAAGAGGGAAAUGGCCAAAAGAAGCUGAUUGGAAUGGCUCGAGCUACAUCAGAUCAUGCUUUCAAUGCUACAAUUUGGGAUGUACUUGUUGAUCCUUCAUACCAGGGUCAAGGACUUGGUAAGGCCCUAAUUGAGAAGCUUAUAAGGGCUCUUUUGCAGCGGGAUAUUGGUAACAUCUCACUCUUUGCAGACAGCCAAGUUGUGGAGUUUUAUCGGAAUCUCGGUUUUGAACCUGAUCCUGAGGGCAUUAAAGGUAUGUUCUGGUACCCGAAAUACUAAACCAUCUCAGAUGAGGGUAGACAAGGCAAGGCAAGGCAAGGCAAUUGUGUCAUAAUUUUCUGUGUGAAGGGAGAGUAAUUUUCUGUGUCUCUGCUCACAGAAGUGUCACAAUUGUAUUCCAUAUGAAAUAAUACCUGGAUGUGUGUGUGCGUUGGUGUCUGUAUUCAGAAACUGAUACCUGUCUUUGUUCGGGGUGCAAAACACUUUCAGUCAAGUCAAAUUGUUGAUUUCAAAACUGUGAAUUAGAUUGGAUUCAAUAAGAUUUUAUCUCUGGGGGAUUUGCUGCUA